GUAGUGUUUUAAGCUUUUCGUGGGAGGAAAUUAUAGUACCCAGAAAACAGUGCUCGUAAAGUCUCGUCAUUGUUUGGUUCGUACAAUUUCUUCACUCUCCUUCCUUUAAAACCCUACCUUUUGGAUUUUGGCAAAAGAGAAAGAGUAUAGGGGAAAAGCGAAAGUAGAUUAAGAGGUGAAAAUGAGCGGUCGCUGUAGAAAGAAUGUGAAACAAAAUGCUGUAGAUGAUGUCGAAAAGUCUGUAGAAAAACUGAGUAAGCCUGAUCGCCAUAAAAUAGAGCAAAAAUCAGCUCGGAACUCGAACAGAGUUGUUGACAAGUUAGUUAAUGAACAACACUGCAAUGCAAGAAGGAAGCGUGGAAGAGAAAAUUUUGAAUGUGAGAAAAAAGAAGAAGAAGAAGAACUCAAUACAGCUAUGAAAAAGAAGGGGAAAGGUCGCAACAAUACAAGAGAAAAUGUUGUAACUGAUAAGGAUGACCUGCAAGAAAUUGCUGCUUCGAAUGACGAAAAAAUACUCAAUACAGCUACUAAAAAUGAAAUUGCUCUCUUGCCUGAAGAAGAAGAACUCAAUACAGGUACAAAAAAGAAGAAGCGUGGCAAAAACAUCAGAGAAAAGGUUGAAAGUGAGAAACAAAAACAAGAGAAAACUCUAAGUGAAAGCCACAGAAGAGACAAGUGUCGGAAGGUUGAAAAUGGGAAUGAGAUUGCAUCCAAUAUGUUUCAUCAAUGCCAGAGGAAUGACAAAGGAAGGGUUGUUAGGUGCAUCAGUUGUAAAACAAAGCUUUUGCCUUUCUUGAGAAGAUUCAACACAGAGCAAGUGAUGGAGAUGGAGAUUGAAGCUAAGAUUCAAGGAGUACCUGUGUCAGAGUUAAUGCUUCCUAAGGCAAAGUGCCGGAGGAGUGAGCAUAUACACUGGUUGAAGUUAACAUCCACCAAUUUUUUAUGGGAUACAUGGAAGGUCGGUUUGAUAGUGCUGGUUGACCCCAGAUUUUGCAGUUGAAAGACUGGCCUUCAUCUGAUUUUUUCGAUGAGCGGUCACCUCGUCACUCUGCUGAGUUUGUUAGAAGCUUGCCCUUUAAGGAGUACACGCAUCCUCAAAGUGGCUAUCUGAAUCUUGCUGUCAAACUGCCACCAGGGUAUUUGAUGCCUGGCAUGAGACCAAAAACAUAUAUUGCUUAUGGAGUUCCCGAGGAGCUGGGGCGUGGGGACUCUGUGACUAAGCUGCAUUUUGAUAUGUCUGAUUCGGUAAAUGUGCUGACACAUACACAAGGAAUAAACCUGACACCUGAACAGCUUUCGUGGAUUAAAAAAUUGAAAAGAAAGCAUGCUGCCCAGGAUAAUUGGGAAUUGCAAACGACUGAGGAGGAGCACAAAUGUGAAAACAUCAUCUAAGUUCAACGAGGACCAGUCUUUACUAGGUUAUUCACCCUAUACAUGGUCAAACAUUUUACUUGACUAAGGAUCACAAAAAUAAGCUUAAGGAAGAAUGUGGUGAGUUUUUCCAUGGACCUUUGUUCAAAAAUUAGGGGAUGCAGUUUUCAUUCCUGCAGGCUGCCCUUAUCAAGUUAGAAAUUUGAAGUCGUGCAUAAAUGUUGCUCUUUGCUUCGUUUCACCUGAAAAUGUUGGUGAAUGUAUUCGUUUGACUGAGGAAUUCCGCAAACUUCCCCAAGAUCAUGUCGCUAAAGAAGACAAAUUAGAGGU